AUGAAUAUUUGAACACUUUUUGAGCUAGUAGAAAAAUUUUUGGCAAAAAAAAUAUUGAAACUUUUUCGUAGUCUACGAAAAUUUUGACCAAACAGUGCUAAACAAAUCGUGUUAAAAAGCGGAUGAAUUUAAAAACGGAGAAAAAAUUUGUGUGAAAGAAAAAAAAAAAAAAAAAGAAACGAAAAAUUAAAUGAAACUUUCUAUUGAAACGGCCUUUAAAUAAAAUCAUAAUUAACACCUUUUUGGAGUGUAAUUUACAAAUACAAUACAAAAUUUUUUUAUGACUUAAGAACCCACCUUAAUUAAGAUACACACAAUGCUUAACCACAGCCUUUUAAUCACAACCACCUUAAUAGCCUUAAUAACAGUUGCAGUCUCAAAACAGAGUAAUUAUUUGCCUUAUCAAGAUGCUCGAGAAGCAGUUAUACAAGCCGAAGAUCUCCUUAGCACCGGCGGACGUUUACAUCUAAAUAGUCGUGAAUCAAAAGUAGAUGAUAUUUUCCUCAAGUAUAAAUACGAUGAGUUGGCAAAAGGUUUUCGGGAUCCCGACAAAAAUGCCGCCGGCAUGCAUUUCUUUAAAGCAAAACCACUCAUCGAUAGCAGUAAAGUUUUUAAGUUUUUACAAAAAAUGCCUAAAGGAGCUGUUCUACAUACACACACCUCAGCCACUGUGUCAUCGGCAUGGGUGGUGCGAAACAUAUUCUAUAUGCCCGGCUUAUUGAGAUGUACUAAUCAGGAGGGUGUGAGUAUUUUAACAUUCCGUAAAUUGCCACAAAAACAUGGUUGCACCACUCAAUAUGUGCGAGUAAGUGAUGAACGUAAAAAUUCAAUUUCAAGUCGUGACUAUGAUCGUGCCCUGGAAAAAUUUAUAAAUCUUUAUACGCCUGCGCCGGAAUUAGAAUAUUCAUCGAUAAAUAUUGUUUGGACAAAAUUUCAAAACAUGUUUAGAACAAUAUCGGAUGCUUUACUCUAUAUACCCGCUUAUCGUGCCUAUCAUUGGCAAAUGUUGGAAGAGUUGUACAAUGAUAAUGUUAUGUAUGCGGAAGUGCGCUUAAAUUUUCAUGAGUUGUAUGACAUUAGCGGCCGCAUAUUCCCUCUUGAGCGUAGUGUUACCGAAUUGAUUGAUGUGGUGGAAAAGUUUAAAUUACAACAUCCCGAUUUCUUGGGUAUAAAAAUGAUCUAUUCGCCACAUCGUAAUGUAGAAAGUGAUGUUAUACGUAAACAUUUUGAAUCAUUUAUGAAAUUACAUAAAUCCUAUCCCAAUUAUAUAAUUGGCUUCGAUUUGGUGGGUCAGGAAGACAAGGGUAAACCUUUAUAUAAUUUUGUUAAUGCUCUCAGUGAUAAACCUAAAUCUUCCCGAUUUUUCUUUCAUGCGGGAGAGACAAAUUGGUAUGGUGCCUCCACAGAUUUUAAUCUACUAGAUGCUAUACUCUUAAAUACCACUCGUAUUGGUCAUGGUUAUGCUCUCAUGAAACAUCCUGUACUAUGGAAUGCUGUCAAGACCCGCGAUAUAGCUGUGGAAGUUAGUCCUAUCUCAAAUCAGGUUUUACAUUUAGUAUUAGAUCUACGCAAUCAUCCCGGUUCCUUUUUCAUUUCCCAAAAUAUACCUAUUGUGAUUUGUAACGAUGAUCCCGGUUUUUGGAAUGCUAAAGGUUUAAGUUAUGAUUUCUAUUAUGCCAUUAUGAGUUUGGCACCCAAUAAUGCAGGUCUUAAGACUUUGAAACAGUUAGUAUGGAAUUCCAUUAAGUAUUCCAUGUUGCAGGCUGGCGAAAAGCAAAGAGCCUACGCUUUGUUGCAAUUAAAAUGGGAUCAUUUUAUAGAUGAUGUUUUAAAAGGCAUCGUAGUUUAAGUAAUAAAUUGGUAAUUUUUCGUUUCUUUUUGUAUUUUUUUACAUAAAUUUAAGACUUAAAGACAAUCAGAUCACUAAGAGAAAAUUGUAAUAAAAAAAUUAGCACAAAAUUUUA